AUGACUCAACUGCACUCCGCAGCGGCGCCGCGGGCCGCGCAGGCGGCCGCGGGGCCCCAGGUCGGCGAGCAGAGCGUGCGCAGAGACGCAAGACAGGACGGCGAAGGCCUCCUCCACGCCGCCGAUGCGGUGGACGCCUUCGAACCUUCCAGCGGCAGGGCGACUGAGGAGAGCGAGCCCGCGCCGCCGGCGUCUGAUACGUCUGAGACGCCUUCGCAGCGGGACUCGCCCUCGCUAGCCGAGCCUCUCCCCUCACCGGAUGCGCAGGCGUCUUCCGCCGCAGGCAACGCGAGACCCAAGGCGCGGAGCCCCUCGUCGCGGGCCUCGAGACCCCCAGCUGCAGCCGCGGCUGCAGCUCCUCCCCGCGCCGAGGGAGAGUCUUUGCAGCUGCCGCUUGCGCUGCCCUCCUCUGCCUCGCCGGCGUCUCUGCCGGCCUCCUCGCCCUCGUCGCGCGGCUCGGGCGUGCGGCGCGGGCGCUUCACGGCGGCGGAGCGGCUGCGACUGCUGCAUGCGCUGGAGGAGCAUGCGCCACUGUGGGGCUACGGCUCAGUGAAGGAGGCGGUGAUGGAUUUAUCUGAGCCUGCGCGGCGGGACGCGUCGCGCAGCGCGAUUGCGAAGCGCGAGCGGUUCGCCACGCUCGCGCGUUACCUGCCAGAGCGCCCGCCCUCGUCGGUCUACCUCUUCAUUCGGCGCACGCUGUGCGUCGCGUUGCAGGUGCGCAAGAAGGGCGCCUGGAGCGAGGAGGAAGUGAAGACGCUGGUUGCGCUCGAGAGCGACUUGCGCACAACCAACCCCGGAGACCGCUUCGCGCGCAUCGCGCAGAUCCUCAACCGGACGGCCUGCUGCGUCUACGACAAGUGGAAAGAGCUGCAGCCGCGGCUCUUCGCGGUGGAGGAAGAAAAAAGGCAGAAAGCCUCGGCGCAACGCGCCGAGUCGACGCUCGUGCCCAGCGCCGGCGAAGACGCUGAGGCGCACGGGACGUCGCCGCCCCCCGACGGAGAGGAGGAGGAGGAGGCAGGCGCCGCGGCGCAGCCCGAAGGCGAGCGGAAGACGCGCGUGGAGCUGCGGCGCGAGCAGGCGCAGCAGUACGCGUCGCUGCUGGAUGCGAACUGUGCGCUGCCCACGACGACUCUGGUCUUGUAUCGGCGGCCGACUUCAAUCGAUUCCUCCGACCUGACGUUUCUUUGGCUGAAAGUCCAGGAGCUCUCGGGGGAGACGCUGCCGGCGUGCGGCGUGAAGUGGCGCCAGCUGCAGACGCGGUUCUUCCCGCAGUCGACUGCGUCGCAUCUGCGGCUGCAGUACACCUUCAACGUCGUUCCGCUCGAGUUGGCUCGGCGCAUGGGAGUCCCCUCUGCGCUGCCCGUCCUUCUUCGCCGCGCGGUGCGCUGCAUGUACCGCCGGCUGAAGCUCGAGACGCAGAAGGCGCAGCAGGAGCUCUGCGAGGCUCUGCGAGACGUCCAGCGCGCCUUCGGUGCGGCGGCCGCGCGGCACAAGGAGACCCUGCUCGGGCUCGAGUCCAGCGCCGCCUCUGGCGAGGACCUCGCGGCGCAGGACUCGCUCGCCGGAGAGGAAGGCCUCAGCGGCUUCGCGGACGUCGACUGCCUGGACAUCGCGCCCUACUGCCCGCCGGCGCUGCUCACCUGGGCCUUCCGCCACACUGUGCGGUCGCUGUGCCCGCCGCGCGACUUUGUCUACGACGCGCCCACCGCCAAGGCGGAGAAGAAGGAGAGAGGCAGGCGCCGGGUGCUGAAGCGCGAGAGCGAGGCGGGCGACUCCGACGCAGCGGACGCUGGCUCAGAGACGGAGGCAAAGCAACCGCGAUCCACCACCAAGGACUACUCCGCAUUCCGCCAUCUGCGGUUCGUCCCGGGGCAGCGCCUUGGCCUCGCACAGCAGACGCGGUUGCUCGCCUACCACCUGAAGAUGCUUGGCAAACGCGUGAGCCGCAAGCGCGACGAAUUCAUGUUCCUCAGGGGCGCGCUGCCCUGCGACGAGUUCGCGGCAGCUGUGCGCCGCGCCCUCCGCCGAAAGAGCCGACGCCUCAAGGCCGGCGCCAGCGAGCCAGACGGCGACGCGGAGGAGACCGCGUCGCAGGACGACGAGGCGAGGGAGAGGAGUCGAGAGGCGCGGCGCGGGCGACGCAGAGAAGAGAGGCGCGCGAGGAAGCGGAGAGGCGGGUCGCGCGGCAGACGAGAACCUGAGGAGGGAGAGGAGGAAGGAGAGGACGAAGACGGACGGGGCACCGACGCGGGCUGCUCAGGCUCGUCGCCGUCGGCAUCUGAAGGCGAAGAGGAGGACUCCCUAGAAGACCGUCGGCUCGAGGAAGAAGAGCGCGCGAAGGAGGCGACGAUGGACGAAGAGGAGAAGAAGAUGAAGUGGCUCGCAGAGGAGCGCGAGCUGGGACGUCACGGCGUCCUUUCGCUACUGCGGCGCGAGGGCAAGAAGGAAAUCCGCCGCCUGCAGAAAUACAACGAAAAAUUCUUCACGUUUGGCACGCGACACCACAGCGCCCAGGCGCUUGCCCGGGCGUGGAAAGACGACUUCGAAUCCCCGUUUCCGUCCUUCCCGGGGGCCUUUCUCCCCUCUUUUGCGUCCUCACCGGCUCUCCCCCCGCCCUCGCAGCCUCUGGCUGCGGCUUCAGAGGAGAGUCGCGGAGACGCCGAUCGCAGGAUGGCGCUGUGCGACAUCGCGCGAGACGAAGUUGGCGCGCCCGGAGAGGAGACAGGAGGCCAGCAGGCGGGGGGGGCGCAGCGAGCGAGACGGGGCCGGAGGGAGGCGCGGGAGUUAAAUGGAGCUCGACUCGCAGAAGGAGAACCUGCGGCGCGCGAGGAAGAGCAACGAGAAGACGCUCCCUCAGAAGGCAGGCGAGGAAAGAAACGAAGAGGCGAGGCAGGCGCUGAGUCGGGCGACACGCGGAAAAGGAAAAAAUUGCAGGGAGGAGACGGCGCGCAGAACGGCGCGCCAGAGGCCGAAGCGCGGAGACACCAAACCGCAGUGGGCGCACCCCUGGGCGGAGACCGAAGCGGCGACGCAGGAACGAUGCAAAGCGACUCAGAAGACCGCGAGGCAGCGAAACCCGACGCAUCCCGCUUACCGAAGAAACGAAAGCAGAAGGUCGCGCGCGAGAGAGAGGAAAGCCGGGAGAGGCGGCCUGAGGAGAGAGAGAGCUGGCGGGAGGCAGACAUGGACGAAGUUGAGGGAGCGCAAGCGCCAGAGGACCUCGAAUGCGCCGCAGGGAGGGAGGACGCCGCAGAGUCCGAAGCAGGGGAGUGCGGACUUGAAGAGCGUGUAGAGGUCGAGACGCAGGCAAGCGACGCGGGGAGAACCGCAGAAGAAGGCGCGGACGCUGUCCGCGAGGAAGCGGCUGCAGCGCCUCAGCAUGCGGGACAGGGGCAGACGGAGGAAGCUCCCAGAUGCAGAGGCGAGGAGGAGGCGGUGGGGUCACCCCGUCGCCUGCGCAGAGCCGCGAGCGCCGCGAGUGCCGCGAGCGCCGCGGAGGGAGUGGAAGGCCGCCGCCUCAGCGUGUCUGCCGCAGAGGAGGAAGCAGAGCGAGGUGAGCCAGGCGCCGAGGUGGAGACGCGCAGUGGAGAAGGAGAAGAGGCGGGAGGGCGGGCAGAGGGACCUGCGCGCGCAGGCGAUGCGCAGAAGAAGAGAAGAGUUCACAGCAGUGAAGCCGAGAGGGAAGGCGGUCUGGGAGUCGAGGGUGAGUGGCAAGAAGCUGCAGACACGCGUGCGCCGAGCCCACGCAAAGAGCGAGAUCGUGGAAGGGAGGAACGCGGGACGCGUGAGAGGUGCACAGAGGCUGAAGAGGCAGUGGAAAAUCGGCGCGACGGCAGCGGCGUCCGCGCAGAGUCCAGCCAAGACGACCUGAGCGCGCAACAGCUUGUGAGGGCCACCAGAGAGAAAAAGAGAGAAAAAAAGAGGGAGAAGAAACGCCAUCGGCUGCUGUCAAGAGCCCUCGACGCCGAUUACGACGCACAGGAGCUCAAGGGAGGAAACGUGGAGAGCUGGGGGGGGGCAGCUGAAGGAGAGGAAGGCGCGCGGCAGCCCGCAGAGGCGGCGGCCUGGGGAGACGGGGCGAGCGAGACACGGAACGAAGCACAAGAAAACGUGCCGCGAGAAGAGAAGAAAAGGAAGAAGGAGAAAAAGAAGCAGAAGAUACCCUUGGCUGAGGAGAUACCGCAGACGCAAUACACGCUUCCUGCUGCGGCCGCGGACUGUCAACGAACCGGCAAGGAAGGAGACACCGACCUUCACGGAGAGAAGGAAGACGCGAAAGCGACUGCAGAAGUCCGGGAGAGAAAGAAAAAGAGGAUCCCGAUUCUGGACGUCGACGAAGAACCUGGAAACGUGCGAGCUUUGCCUUGCGACGGAGAAAGAGAUGAAAAAGGAGAGAGCGAAGAAACAGCGACGGCAGAGAUGAUUGGACUCGAAGACGAGGAAGCCGAACUGGCGGCGCAGAGCGCAGAGAAGCAGAGGAAGGAGAAGAAGAGAAGGAAGAAGCUGCGCAAGGCCGAAGAGGCCGCUCGUGACGCGCAUUCUCUGGAAGAGAAACGCAACAGUGAGACAAGAGAGGGCGCAGGGGAAGGCGUGCGUCGAAGGGAACGCGGCACAGGGGACUCGGGUGAUGAUGCAGGCGAACCUGAGGCCGAGAGGCCAAAAACCGCGUGGCUUAACGAUGAAACCGGCAUCUCUGGGAACGAGCGAGAGGCGCGGAAGCUGACCCAAGAGGGAGGCGAAGCAGCUAACCCCGACGUCAGGCGCGAUGAGCCGCAUGUGAAGAAGAAGAAGAAAAAGAAGAGGAAAGACUUUGAAGCAAGGGAGAGUCGAAGAGACAGCGACGCGUUCGAGGGGGACGUGGCUGCUGCAGCAGCCUCCGGCUGUCUGGAUCGCAGCGACCGCGGCGACCGCGGUGCCCUACAGCUCGAAGUGGCGGAGGAGGCGAGCGGAAAGAACUCGCGAAUUUCAGGGCCAAGCGCUGAGAGAGGAGCGGCGGAGACGGGAGCGACGGGAGAGCGAUGGCGACAACACAAGAAGAAGAAGCACGCGCGUUUCGCAGAUGCUGCAGACAGCGGGGACCAAGGCGAGGCGCGCAAGGAGGCAGUCGCAUCGAGCCAGAGAAGCGAGUGGCCUGGACACGCGGCUCCCACGUCCAGCAAGAAUGCCCAGGCGCGACAAUCCGGCGACGGAGAUGAAGACGAAUGUGAAGAAGGCCGAAAGGUCUCGAGCGCGAAACAGGGGAAACAGGCGCCGCGCGGACGCCCAGUCUUCGCCUUGGCGGCGCCUCCCUCGGCCGCGGCUCAAGAAAAGGAAGCUGCGGCGGAGUUCACCGUGGAAGCGAAUUCGAGCGACGAAGCCCACCACACGACGCCACGCAAGCCGCGAAAGAAGAAGGUCGGGGCCGCCUCGCCGCCUGCAGAAGCCGAAGGCGUCGCGUGCGAGCCCGACGAGGAAGAGAGCGAGAAAAUGAGCGUAUACGAGGAAGAAGUGAGGAGACGGAGGAAACGGGAGAAGAAGAAGCGGAAGAAGACAGAAGAGAGGGAAAGAAUGGCUCUGCUGAUGGCGCGUGCGCAGGACGCAGAGCAUGAAGACGAGCUCGAGGGAGCACCACAACGAAGGCUCAAUAGCUAG